AUGGCUAGCAAUCGUCAUGGUAAUAAAAAAUCAUCGUUAGUCCGAUUAGAAGCUGUUGGAGAUCAGCUUAAAUCUCAGGUCGAUAGCUUUAGAAAUGACAGUCUUAUUAGUAUCAAAGAAGCUGCAACAAGAGAGGAAGAAGAAGCUAUUAUUAAGGACCUAUUAAAGAAAUAUAUAAGCUUAACAUCUUCUGUUGAAGAGGCUAUGGAAAAAAUAAGUAGUUUGAAAAGAGACGAUGGCAAAGUUAGAAUGACCGAUUUUAAUAAGAGAAAAUCGCAAGAAAUAAAUCGGUUACAAAAUUUACAGGAACAACUUGAUGAAAUUGCUGAUAAGAUUGACCCUGAGGAGUCUGAAAGGUCCUUUCAGAAUCUUAGCAUGGAUGAUUCAUUAGAUGACGAUUAUGAGGAAUCACCAGGAAAAGAUUCUCGGUCAAAAGUACCUAAACGAAAAGGGGACUAUCAGAAUCAAGAUAACACAUCUGAGGAUGAAGAUGAUGAUUUUGAUGAAGAAGAAGAUGAUAUAGACGAAGAAGAAGAAGAAGAGGAAGACCAAGAUCAAGAAGAUGACGAGGAGGGGGAAGAUAUGUCUGUACCUAGAUACGUCGAAGCUAUUUGCGAUUUUGAAGGUGAAGAACCGGGUGACUUAGAGUUUGUUGCUGGUGAAGUGUUAACAAUCAUUUCUACGAGGGAGGAUGGCUGGUGGGAAGCUGAAAAUCGAUCAGGCGACCGUGGAUUAGUACCAACCACAUACUUAAAAGAAAUUGAUAAUGAAAAUGAUGAUUCUUUCGAAAAACAAGUAGAAGAGGAGGAUGGUCGACCCAGCCCUUCUGGUAAAGAGUUAUGGGCUAAAGUAAGGGAAGCAGCAUCAAUUUCACAGGAAAUUACCCCAGUAAGUAAAGCUUUAUCAGCCUUAGGGGCUAUGCCUUCGUGCUUUAGAGAAACAACACUUGGUAGAUUGGCUGCCAAAGGAGGAGUACACAAUCUACAAUUGUAUCUAUCCCCAAGAUUAAGUGAAUCAAAUUUAUCAUAUCGUGAUUUGCAAUGGAAUUCUAAAUCAAACACGAUUGAACCUUAUAACUGUAAAGUUACACGAUUAUUCAACUUGGUUACAGCAAAACAUGCUCCAUUACCUGGCGCAGGAGUUAAUGUUCUCAGUCGACAUGUUAGAAUCGCGUUCUCUAAUAGAGCAAAAAUCUUGAGCAAUGUUCAUACAGUGCGAGCUGUUUGCUUGAAAGAUAAUUUGGUUACCUGGAAAUUUUCACCCGUUGUCAAAGGAACUCUUCCUAGUUUAUUUGAUGGUAAUUCUGUAGCAAGAAUCGACUUUACUGAUUCCUCUCUUGGUAAUGACUUGAUAAUUCUCAUUUUCUUGGCUUAUUCAUUCUUGAUGUUUCACAGUAUAUGCUUAUCAGCAAGAACGUAUGAACUAAAAUUGCAAGGUGGAUCGAUAUACGAACCAGGAGUAGAGAUAGAUAACUCACAAAAAUCAGGCAAACGUGGACAAAAUCCGUUUUCUUCCAAGAAACAUCCACGUCUGUUAGUCCGUUUAAUAAACCCUAAACGUGCGGAUCUGGAAAUUCUCGAUUUUCUACCGAAUACGAUAAUUACGUGUCAAUCUUACGCUCCCUUUAUCAAGUAUUACAGAGAAAUUUUAGGCAAAGUUAUAUUGCACGAUUCCCCAGAUGAACAGAGUACAGAUCUGAUCCAUCACCCUGUUUUAGCAUCAUUUUCCAAAGUUAUUCAGCAUACCGAUCUAAUGGAUGCGCUAAAGACAUGUUGGGAAGAUAAUAUUAAAUCUGCCACACGAUCUGAAAGGAAAGAUCGGGAUUUUAUGAGAAAUUUCUUUAUCAAGAUAUUCAUGCGAAGCGCUUAUCCAUUACUUCAUUCCGCAGAAUUACAGCCAGCGGCUCCAUUAGCUGAUAAUGAUGUAUAUCAGGCAAGGUAUGCCGUCAUCGAAAAUUUUCUAAAGCAGUCCAAUAUCCUCUCCAAUUUAUUAUCUCCUAACGUUAUUCAUAAUCCCUUCGAUUCAUCUGAAAUGUCUUAUGAUAUUACUGGAGCAUCAACAAAUUUAUUACAUUGA